GUAAACCCCGUCGACCCUUCCCCACUUCCUGCACGAAGCAGUUUUGGCUUCGUUUUGCUUGCCCGUCAGACCCGUGUCUGCCCUGCUGUUCCUCUCCGCCGCCGGCUGCCACUCUCAGUCAGUCAGGCAGUCAGGCUCUGCACAUUCUGCUUGUGAGCUGUGUCAUUGGAUUCCGGGCCCUUUGAUUUCCCCUUCGCUUCCCCUGCUCCCCCAGGGCCGUGUCCUCUUUUCUGCCGUGUGCCAUCCGAUAUCCACUUUUCACCCCAUCCCCUCAGUCCCUUCCUUUUAAAUAAAUCCAUUGCUGUCCCCUUGCCAGGAAGAGUAUUCUCACUUUUUGUCCAUCCAUCCCCCUCAUCAUAUCCCCAUAUCCACCCAACAUGUCUGCCCCCGCCCACAAGUUCAAGGUCGCCGACCUUUCCCUCGCCGCCUUCGGCCGCAAGGAGAUCGAGCUCGCUGAGAACGAGAUGCCCGGUCUUAUGGCUACUCGCAAGAAGUAUGCCGCUGACCAGCCCCUCAAGGGCGCCCGCAUUGCUGGCUGCCUUCACAUGACCAUCCAGACUGCCGUCCUCAUCGAGACCCUCACUGCUCUCGGUGCCGAGGUCACCUGGUCUUCCUGCAACAUCUUCUCCACCCAGGACCACGCCGCCGCUGCCAUCGCCGCUGCCGGUGUCCCCGUCUUCGCCUGGAAGGGUGAGACCGAGGAGGAGUACCAGUGGUGCUUGGAGCAGCAGCUCAUUGCCUUCAAGGACAACAAGAAGCUCAACCUCAUCCUCGACGACGGUGGUGACCUUACCCACCUCGUCCACACCAAGUACCCCGAGAUGCUCGAGGACUGCUUCGGUGUCUCUGAGGAGACCACCACCGGUGUCCACCACCUUUACCGCAUGCUCAAGGAGGGCAAGCUCCUUGUCCCCGCCAUCAACGUCAACGACUCCGUCACCAAGUCCAAGUUCGACAACCUCUACGGCUGCCGUGAGUCCCUCGUCGACGGUAUCAAGCGCGCCACCGAUGUCAUGAUUGCUGGCAAGAUCGCUGUCGUCGCCGGUUUCGGUGAUGUCGGCAAGGGCUGCGCCAUGGCCCUCUCCGGCAUGGGUGCCCGCGUCAUUGUCACUGAGGUCGACCCCAUCAACGCCCUCCAGGCUGCCAUGGCCGGCUACCAGGUCACCACCAUGGAGAAGGCUGCUCCUCUUGGUCAGAUCUUCGUCACCACCACCGGCUGCCGUGACAUUCUCGUCGGCAAGCACUUCGAGGUCAUGCCCAACGACGCCAUUGUCUGCAACAUUGGUCACUUCGAUGUCGAGAUCGACGUCGCGUGGCUCAAGGCCAACGCUGCUUCCGUCCAGAACAUCAAGCCCCAGGUUGACCGUUUCCUCAUGAAGAACGGCCGCCACAUCAUCCUCCUUGCUGAGGGUCGUCUUGUCAACCUUGGCUGCGCCACUGGCCACUCCUCUUUCGUCAUGUCCUGCUCUUUCACCAACCAGGUCCUUGCUCAGAUCAUGCUUUACAAGGCCAACGACGAGGCUUUCUCCAACAAGUACGUCGAGUUCGGCAAGUCCGGCAAGCUCGAGAAGAAGGUCUACGUCCUUCCCAAGAUCCUCGACGAGGAGGUUGCUCGUCUCCACCUCGACCACUGCAACGUCGAGCUUACCCAGCUCUCUGACGUCCAGGCUGAGUACCUCGGCCUCGCCACUGAGGGUCCCUACAAGAGCGACCACUACCGCUACUAAUUUCCCUUUCAAUACCAUAUAUCCACCCUCUCCUGUCGUAUUUGGCUAGGAUAGGGGAGGUAAUUUACUGAGGAUCUCCUUCAACACUUUGGGUUAUGGACAAAACAUCUCUCAGCGGCAUGUUUGGGAUUUCCACAAAGCAUCGUUUUCAACAGGCAUGAUUUGCAUGACAAAACCGGGUUCAAUAUGGGGGUCUUUCACUAGGGGUUUUUCAAAACGGUAUAUUAGGGAUGGUUCGGGUACAAAUUUUCAACAAAAGUACGGCGUUGGCUUUGGCACAUGAUAUCCCAUGACACACCCUCGAGGCAUUUGAGACGGGUGUGUUUUCGAAACGUAAGUAGCUGGUUGCUGCACCUGAUGAAGUGCAAGAAGACGAUAAAGAGAGGAAGGCUAUACCCAAAGGCCCGUCAACCGAGGCCUGGGAACAAUUAGACUACGGAAUAGAGAAAGACACAGUCUUUUUUGGGCAUGUCUUUUUGUGGUACACCAAAGAAGCCACCGAAGUUAAUAAUAUGUGGUUAUGGCUCACACUUUCCCUUCCUG